AUGUUCAGGUUGAACAAUGACACUAUCAAGUUGCUCGAAGACAACUACCACAAUGAUCUUGUAAGGGAACAUGGCGACGACCCCAAUGACUUGAUUUGUGCGCUGGUAGGAAAGCAGAACACAGAGAAAGUCACCAUUUUGCGGAAACUGAAGAAGCUAUUGGAGGAGAAGCAGAGCCUGCAAAAAAAGCUUGAAAAGGCGCAACAAGAACUCAAAACAUUGAUCGACGAAAUGGUAAAUCGAGAAUGCAUUAAGCUGAUCUUGAGUGGACUCGUCAAUACAUUUUCGUUAGUUCUCUUUGGGAGUGUCGGUCUUCUUUCACAGUUUGCUUUUUCGGCGCACAACAUGAUUUGGUUCUGUAAGUUUGUAAUCGAAGCAAUGUCAAAAACGAACGAAGACCCCGAAGAAGUCGUCAACUAUCUCAAGCAGGCUCUCGCAAAAGGAGAAAUCGUGCAGAAGGGCAUUUUCCAAUUUGACAGCUCUGAAUGGGAGCCUUUGGCCCGUGGAUUCGCUGACGCCCAGUGCCCGGCACUAGAUGCCCACAAGACCAUGGCGGCCUGCCGAAUUGUGCUAUCUUCCUUCACACAAGUUCUACCAACCGCGAUCACCGAUAUGCUAGAGAAGCACUAUGGACUUGAGCUACAAGACAAACUUUGCAAAGAUGCGACAGCGCAAUUAAAGGACCCCAAUCCGGCAGUCGCCCGCGUUCCUGACGAAGACAUUGUCAAGAUCCAGAAGAUGGCCUUUAAGAACGCUACAGUUCCAGCACCAUAUGUUUCGGGCAAUGGUGGGUCAAACAGCACAACUCCCAUGAAACGCCAUGCCACGAGCGAGAGUAUCUUGAGCCCACCAUACCACAAGCGUCCGAAGCUUCCCCGACAAUCAGAAGGUAAACACAGCCAAUGUGGUCAAUUUGAAGAAAGCAACCCACGCAAGAGAGCCCGCGUGUCCACAGGCAACGCUGCUGAAGUGGGACGCUAG